AUGGGGUAUACUCUUCGACCAAUAAACGACAAGGACAUUACGGAGCUCGUAAGAGUUCACUCAGCUGCAUUCCAGACGGACAGAUUCUCAAACUUCAUGCUUAAUGGCAAAGCAGAAGGUACACAUGAAAGGCUUAUGGAGGGGUCCAUCAAAUCCUGGCUUUCUGAUCCCACAUCUUCGAUGGUCGCGGCGGUCAAAAACGAUGGAGCGAUUGUUGGAUGGGCAUGCUGGCUGAGAAGGAUAAAAGAGGAAGCGGAAGGAGUCACGCAGCCUACCCAAGCUAAGAUGACAAGCACUACUCUGAAUAGAGAGGAUCAAUCCUCCACAAAGGUGGACGAUAGCGCUCCGGUUACAGCAGAUAGGCUUGUCGCAAAAUCUAUGCCAUCCCAGCACACCAUACCAGACACACCGACUCGAGUCAUCGGUCGCCAGAUGCGAGAGGACUCAAUGAGAUGGGAAUCAUCUUCAAUGCAGGAAGCACAGUAUCUUGUUCUCCAAGCUCUUGUGACCAGCCCUGACUACCAACACCAAGGAGUGGGGUCUCAACUUGUGGAAUGGGGUGUGGAAUUGGCGGCAGUGGAGAGGCUUUCAUGUUGGUGUCACGCAUCACCUGCUGGGAAUGAGUUGUAUUUGAAGAGUGGGUUCCAAGAAGUGGGACGUAACGAAUAUGAGCUUGGGGAGUUUGGGAAAUACAUAUUUCGAUAUAUGGUUUAUCGGGCGGGUUGA